UAGGAAUUUGAAUUUCAUAUGGGCUAUCUUAAAAUGUUAAUAUUUGGUGGAUGUUUAUUUCAAAUAUCCACUUUUAUUUUUUUUUAAUUGUGUGCAAGAAUUAAUGCAAGAAACAUCUGAAGAAUUUGAUCUUAAUGUGCAUCAUGAUGAUAAAACUCAAAACUUAGCAUCGAAUAAUUUAUUAAAUGAUACAAAUACUUACUCUUAUAAUUACUCGUUACCCGGUAUUAUACAUUAUUUAGAACAUCAAUGGACCAAAUUUGAAAUUGAAAAAUCUCAAUGGGAAAUAGAAAAGGCUGAGUUAUAUGCCAAAAUUUCAUUUUUACAAGGAGAAAGAAAAGGGCAGGAAAACAUUAAAAAGGAUAUGAUAAGGAGAAUCAAAAUGUUAGAAUAUGCUUUAAUUCAAGAAAGAUCGAAAUAUAAUAAACUAAAAUGUGGCAUAGAUGAUGAUCAAAAUGUUAUGGAAGAUGAAACUGAAGAUUCAAAUAUAAUCUCCCAACUUAAAGAAAAUGAUCUUUUUACAGAAAUUCCAUCUAAGCAAGGGCGACAACUACUCCAACAAUACUUAAAAGAAAUUGGUUAUGCAGACUCUGUUAUAGAAGCAAGAACACAGACUGUUCGUACUCUAUUGGGAUUGUCAAAUAAUUACUCAAAUAAUCCUACACAAUAUGCACAUGAAAAAUUUAAUAAUGAAAAUGACUAUUUUAAUAAUUUAAACCUAGAAAAAAAUUAUGACUUUUCUCUACCUUCAAUUAAUCAGCCGAUUUCUUCCAAUAAUAUUGAGAACAAUUCACUCGAUAUGGAUAGAAACAUAAAAUAUGUAUUUGACUCAGACAUAAAUGAUUACAAAUCUCCCAGAGUAUCACAACACUUUUUUUACCAAAAAAGUUUAAAUAAUGAUAUAAAUCAAAAUAAAAAUCAAAAUUCUACUAACUUCCCUUCAGAAGAAAUGAUGCUAGGUUCUAAUAAAUAUAACAAAGACCAAAAAAUAGAUAAAAUUCCCUCUGGAUCAAGAUUCAAAAAAUCAGAAUUCCUACAUAAUGGACCCAUAGACGAUUUAGAUUUAGAUCAUAACGAAGCUUUGAACGAGUUUAAUUUCCUGACUUCUUCGAACAAUAACAUCGAAACAAAUUAUGACGAUCUUAACGAAGAUGAUAAACAUCAUUCGAAUGAAUAUAAAAAGGACUCAAAUAUCAAUUAUAAUAAAAUGUCACAACUCCCAAAUUUGUCAUCUUUCGGUAAUAUAAUGCAAAAUGGAAAAUUAAAUCUCACCCAUACUUUCGGCGAUAAAACAAUGUUGAACGAUUUGGAUGAUGAAUUAGCAAAUUUAAACAUAGUCAACGAUGACACGAUUGAAGAACAAAUGGCCAACUCAGAUAACGAUAAAAACUCAAAAACCUGGCAUAUUAGAUCGUCACUCCGUGGCCAUUUGGAUUCGAUUAGAUGUUUAGCAUUUCAUCCUUGUCUCCCGUGUCUUUUAACUGCCUCAGAGGACCAAACGAUUAAAUAUUGGAAUAUCGAAAAAAAUAUAUCUCCUAAAAAUAGAAACGCAUUCAACGAAAUCGAAUCGAUAGCCACGUUUAGAAGUCACAAUGGCGCAGUUCUCUCUGUAACCUUUAAUUCAAACGGUGAAUACUUUUUAUCAGGUGGAAUAGAUGGUAAAGUUAUAUGCUGGAAAACGCCCGAUCCCGAAACAGAUCAAUUUGAAUCUCAGUGUGAUGUCUUCGAAAAACCCUAUUUAUCUUUGGAGAAGGCCCACAGCGACGCGGUUUGGAUGGUUAAGUUUCACCCUAAGACUAACAUAAGCAUAACUUGUUCUGCCGACGGCUCACUUUUACUUUGGGAUGUAUUUGAAAGCGGAAAAAUUAUUAAACGACUGCUUCCACCUCAUAUCUCGAAUCAUAUAGAAGACUCGGCUACCUCUUUAGAUCUAUUGCCUUCCGAAAAUUUUAAUCACGUGGCGGUAUCUUAUGCUUCGUCGUAUAUCGUUAUAUUUGAUAUUCAAAGUUUUAUACCCGUUAUUUCGUUUAAACCUGAAUGUGAUAUGUCUGAUACGUUAUACAUUAACUUCAUUGCCUGUCAUCCUACGUUUCCUGUGCUUAUAUCGGGACACAAUGAUAAUUACAUUCGAUUUUUCAAUAUAUAUACAGGUAAAUGCAUUCACAAAAUGAUAGCUCAUUUAGAUUCGGUAUCAUGUCUCUCUCUAGAUCCUUAUGGGUUAUACCUUUUAACAGGAAGUCAUGACAAUUCUAUUAGACUAUGGAAUUAUGAAAAUAAAAGUUGCGUGCAAGAAAUUACAUGUCAUCGCAAAAAAUUCGAUGAAGGCGUUAAUUCAGUCGCGUUUCAUCCCUCGCUUUCUUACAUGGCCAGUGCCGGCGCCGAUUCCAUAGCUAAAAUCUUUGUUUUGUUAUAACCGAUAUUUUCUACGUUUCUUAUAACACAUUAUUUAUUACGUCAAUAAAUUGCAUUAAUAGUUUUAUAUAUAACAAACUUUAUAGAUAAUAUUAUGUAAUUUCUUCCCAUGAUUAUUAUAUAUAUUUUUAUAUAUAUAUUAUUAACUAAAUCGAAUAUUUUAUUUGUCACAUCUUUUUUAAAAAAUAAAUUGAGAUUUUUUAAAACAAAAUUUAUAAUUCAACUCAACUCCACCAAAUUAUUUCUUAUUUACGGCUUAUUCUUAUAAAUAUAUUUAUUAUAUAUAUUUUUUAAAAAGGAUAAGAAAGCAAUAAUGUUUUUUUAUAUUAAUUUAUUAUACUUAUUUUUUUUUAUUACUAAAAAUGAUUUGUGCUAAAUUUCCAGAAUUUCCUAUUCGUCGUAAAACCGAUAUUUAUUAUAUUUUAAGCUGGUUUCAAAAAAUAAUUUUUAUAUGAAUGCAUAAUAGCUUCAGUUUAAAAAAAAUAAAUUAAUGGUUUUAAUUGA